UCAAGCUCCACGUCUGCACGCCGCUGCGUGGGGAGCGCAGAGCUGACACCACUUCCUCCCGGCUCGAGCGCACCCCAUCGCCCGUCCCUCAGGUGUCCCACGCCGAGCGCCUUCCCGCAGAGGCCGCCUGCGUCCCCGCAGAGAGGUCAAGAUGGGUGAGUCAAAUGAAGACAUAGACCAAAUGUUCAGCAAUUUGCUGGGAGAGAUGGAUCUUCUGACCCAGAGUUUAGGAGCUGACACGCUUCCUCCUCCGGACCCUAAACCACCCAGUGCUGAAUUUAAUUAUAGUGUGGGUUUUAAGGAUUUAAACGAGUCCUUAAAUGCACUGGAAGACCAAGAUUUAGAUGCUCUCAUGGCAGAGCUGGUAGCAGACAUAAGUGAAGCGGAGCAGAGGACAAUCGAGGCACAGAAAAAAUCCUCUCAGAAUCAACUUCCUUCAGUAUCUCCGGGAGUAUCAACUUGCAGUGGCACAGAACCUCUCGGUUCUGGAACAAAUGUUGCUGCAGUUAGUAUCAGCCAAUGUGAAGAUGAUCUGCCACCUCCACCAGAUGACCCUGUACUAGAACUACCUCCGCCACCAUCACCGCCUGAGCCUCUUUCUCCAAAAGAAGCAGAAGCCCAAGCUAAGGCUGAUAAAAUUAAGCUAGCACUGGAAAAACUGAAGGAGGCCAAGGUGAAGAAGCUGGUCGUCAAGGUGCACAUGAAUGAUAGCAGCACCAAGUCGCUGAUGGUGGACGAGCGGCAGUUGGUCCGAGACGUUCUCGACAACCUUUUUGAGAAGACCCACUGUGACUGCAACGUAGACUGGUGUCUGUAUGAAAUUUACCCAGAACUACAAAUUGAAAGGUUUUUUGAAGAUCAUGAAAAUGUUGUUGAAGUCUUAUCAGACUGGACAAGGGACACAGAAAAUAAAGUGCUAUUUUUGGAGAAAGAGGAAAAAUACUCUGUAUUUAAAAACCCCCAGAAUUUUUACUUGAACAACAAAGGAAAAAAAGAAAGCAAGGAGGCAAAUGAGAAAAUGAAUGCUAAAAACAAAGAAUCCUUACUUGAGGAAAGUUUCUGUGGGACAUCUGUCAUUGUGCCGGAACUUGAAGGCGCUCUUUAUCUGAAAGAAGAUGGAAAGAAAUCGUGGAAGAGGCGUUAUUUUCUUCUCAGGGCUUCUGGAAUUUAUUAUGUGCCAAAAGGAAAGACUAAGACAUCUCGGGAUCUGGCAUGUUUUAUACAGUUUGAAAAUGUCAACAUUUACUAUGGGAUUCAGUGCAAAAUGAAAUAUAAAGCACCAACUGACUACUGCUUUGUUUUAAAGCAUCCCCAAAUUCAGAAGGAGUCCCAGUAUAUCAAGUAUCUCUGCUGUGAUGAUGCGAGAACGCUAAACCAGUGGAUUGCAGGAAUUAGGAUCGCCAAGUAUGGAAAGACCCUCUAUGACAACUACCAGCGGGCAGUGGCGAAGGCUGGACUCUCUGCCCGCUGGACAAACCAGGGCACCGGCAACACAGCUCCACCAGCUGCUCCCGCAGGGCAUAAAACAGGCACCACCCAGGCCAAUGGACAGAUUCCCCAGGCCACCAGGUCUGUGAAUGCUGGUCUGCAAGAGGCUCAGAGACUCGCGGAAACAACUAAGGACAAGAAGCCAGCCCUUGGAAACGACAGCCCAGGAGCUCUCGGGGUGCACCGGCCGCCAAAGUCUAGCCUGCCUCCACCUCCUCCCGUGCGGCGGUCUUCAGACGUGGGCGGCAGCCCGGUGGCUCCCCACAAGCCCCAGGACCCUGGCAGCGGCUUCCCUCCCCCGCCCGAAGACGUCCUGCCGCCGCCUCCGCCCCUGCCCCCUCUGGAGGAGGACGAGAUGCCUCCACCGCCCCCCCAUUUUAACGACGAACCGCCGGACUUCGUGCCUCCGCCACCGCCGUUUGCAGGGGAUGAAGAGUCUUCAUUGCCGCCGCCGCCGCCGCCCCCACCUGCCUUUGACCCCACGUCCUCAAAAGCGACCCCCAUUGUCGCCAAAAAGCGUCCCGUUCCUCCAAAGAGGCAAGAGAACCCAGGGCCACCCAGCGGGGCAGGGAGCGGGGAGCAGGAUUUCAUGUCAGAUCUCAUGAAAGCUUUGCAAAAGAAGAGAGGCAACGUGUCCUAACUGGGGAUCCAGAAGCCCUUGUGCGUUAGGAGUUAUUUAUUUCUAACCGCAAGCAUUUCUGGUCCUUUAUUUUGGUGACAUCUUGUUCAUUUUAGGUUAAAUGUUGAAAUUUUGGG